AUGACGACUGCCCAUAGACCAACGUUCGAUCCCGCACGCGGCAAAGAAGCCCAGCGAGGGCCCGCCUACCACCAGCGCCUACUGCCAGCACACACUACUCUCAAGCAUAGGCAGCCAGGACAAGGCGGAGAUGCCGAAUAUGUCAAGCGCGAUCUCCGCGCAGAACUUCUAGAGGCCGAGGCACGCCACUUUGCAAAGAAGAACGGCACCUAUGUCGAAUCAGAGUCGGCGACCGAGCCUAGUAAUGCGCCGAAGCGACAACUUGAUGCGGUUUCAGCCGCAGACGAAAGCGAGGAGGAUCAAGCAGAUCAGAAGCGGCGGCGGAUAGAGAUGCUAGAAAAAUUCAGGGAGAUAGACGCAGACGACAGUAGUGAUGAAAGUGAGAGUAGCGACGAUGAUGACGAAGACGAAGAAGACGAGACCGCAGCCCUCAUGCGCGAACUGGAAAAAAUCAAGAAGGAGCGCGCUGCGGCCAAAGCGAAAGAGGAGGCAGAACAUGCAGCAGAGGAAGAAGAGCAACGCGAGAUUGAUGUCGCUAGAGGCAAUCCAUUACUUAAUGCGCGCGACUUUGCCAUGAAGCGCAGGUGGGAUGACGAUGUUGUGUUCAAGAACCAAGCACGAGGCACCGAAGACAAGAACAAGAAGAAGGAAUUCAUCAACGACAUGCUGCGUUCUGACUUCCACAAAAAGUUCAUGUCAAAAUACAUCCGAUGA